AUGGGUCUGCGGACUCGAACCACGGUCCUUAGAGCGGCAAACAACGCAUUUGUCACUGCGCCGUCGUUCACACUGGACCGAGAGCGUUGGGAGACCGCCAUAAGGGAUGCGGAGAUGCGCAUAUUUUCUAAAUACCUUUCUUUUUCAUUCAAUAAAAAUAAUUUAUCACCGAAAGAUAUAAAAAUUUAUUUACGUCGAAUAAUGUAACCGAUUUCGUACCCUUUUUUUAUAAAAAAAGGGAAAGGAAAAAAACACUGAUAAUAGUUAUAUACAGCUGAUGAAAGAUUAUGACGAGACUCAAAACUUCUCAAAUUUCAUAAAACUUUUAAAGUUGAAAAUUCUUCUUUGCAGAUCUUUUUCUUAAAAAUAUUGAGAAAAAAACACAAGGAAGUAGUUAGGUGGUGGGUUAGAUGUGAAUUUUUCAAGCUUUUAUUUUUUUAGAAAGAUAAUUAUAUCCGCUAUUAACCGUAUUUGACUUAUCACUGAACAAUUUUAACUCUAAAUACGCAUUUCACAGCUAAUUUUAGCUAAAACAGCGUUGACGGAUGAAUGGAAUUCAAGACUACGGUGGUAACCUGCGGCGUGAGAUCUGCAACGCACGCAAGCAGGAAAAAACAUGACGAAGAAUAUUUUUAAUUUUGUAUUUCAAAACUAGUUAACUUUCCUUUUUUUGUUGUUUUUCUUCGUUAUCUUUUUUGCUGUGAAAUUUUUUUUGCUCAUUGAAAUUUCAUCUGUUGGAUACUUAAUUCAGUCAGAGCUCAUUUUUCAAAAUUUAUCGUUGCUACAAGAUUUUUCAAAAUGUUUCAGUAAAUGCAGUAGGGUUUUCAAAUUCUAGAAUUUUCUUAGCUUUUCAUUUUCAUUUCUUUGUGUUUUCAGAGUCUUCGUCGAGAAAACAAGUUCACAAAAUCGCCAUGGCGAAUCUCGAUGACGAGCUCGCUUUGUAAGUUACCUUUCUUUUUUCGCUGCGACCCCUUAUUUUGCCCAGUGAAGUUUCAUCUUUUCGAUAUUUAAUUAAAUUGAAACUCACUUCUCUCACUUUCUAGUUUGCGUUACUUAAUUUCAAAAUUUUUCAGUAAAUUUUUAUUAAGGUUGAAUAUUUUAAUUAUGAAUAGAAAAUUAAAUUAUGGACGUCAAUCAAUGUUUGAGGUUCGAAAGCGAAAUCUCAUCACUUGUGGAUGAUACCAGUUCAGCGGCUUCUGGAAAUACGGCUAGUUUUCCGAAUGGCUCUACGAUUUCUGCUCCACCAACGUCAGGUAAUUUUUAGUUUAACUUUUGAAUGAGUUGCGCCUGAGGGUUAGUUUUGUUUGAAAAAUUUUUCAUCCAGUAAAUGCAAUAAUGUUGUGUUGUAGACGUUUUCAAAGGCAAAAUUGUUUAGCUCUCAAUGGCACCAUGCUGUUUUUGGGGGUAUAAAAUGUAUCAAGCUUAUGAAAUGAUUGAAUUUUUUUCAGCCGCUCAACCAACUUUCGCGGCCCCGUUGCUUCCCGCAGGAGCUACUAUUGGCGGAGGUUUUUUUUUUAUAAUUAUACACGAACAAUUCCAUUUUUAGGAUUUGGUUGAUAUGCUUAAUAAAAUCAAAGAAGGAAGUUAAUAUUAAAUAAAAUGUUGAAAAAUGGAUGUUUUUCAGUUCCAAUCGUCUCGCCAUUUAUCGCUUCAACUUUGGCAGCUCGGCCGAUGCUCGGAGGAGUUUUGCCGCCUCCGAUCCCGCCGCCAGUUUUUGUACCUCUUCAAAUGAGGCCCAUGAUGGUCAUUAUUUCGAUUAUCUCUAUAAAAUUAACUGUUUACUGAUCUCAGUUUGAAGUUGAAACGAAAAUGAAUAGAACUCUCUGCCUUUUCAACCUGAAUAUUUGUUUCAAUACAGGCGUCUUCGUCGAGACCAGCGGCCGCGACGAUCGAAGGAGCCCCGGCGCUGUAUGAGAGACCUGCAGCUCCAAUUCCUGCCAUUCCUUUGCAGACAAUGGUUUGUAUUUCAAAAUGUGUAUUAUUUAUUUUUAGUUUCGAAUUCCAAAAAAUAAAGAGAUUUUUCUCCAACCAACUUUCAAAAUGUUUAAAAAUUGAAAGUUUAAAAAAUAUUUUUUCUUUCGUAUGUUCAUGAAGAAGAUGAAAUACUGAUUAAUAUUAUUUUCCAAGUUAUAUUCAAGCUUGUCGAGAUACUGAUUGCUGUAAGUCUUAUAAUUAUUACGUUUAAAAAACGCUAGGUGGAAAUUCGGGUGCUUGACUAGGUCGAAAAAGUCUUCUUACAAGUAAGUGAGCUGCUUUUUCGUAAUCGUAAAAUUAAUUUUAAAAAAAACGUUUUUUAUACUCUAGGCGUUGCCUGCGGAUAUUGAGGCGAUGGCGUUCAAGCGACAGACCGAUCCGCUGAAGAAAAGGCUCAAGGACAAGGUCAAGAAGAAGUUCAUCCGUUCUGGUGGCGGUCAGGUGAGAAUUCUUCGUUUUCUUGAUGAUAUUCUCUGAAUGAACCAAUAUUUCUUGUCUUUUUGAUCAAGCUUUCGUCACUGAAUUUCAGAUGAGGUAAACUUGAAAUGUAAGCAUUGUUACUUUAUUUGAAUGUUUUCAGUAGUUGUUUUGAAACUAUGAAUUGAAUUGAAACUUGAUUUGAAUUGAAAUGAAUUGAAACUAUGAAACUAUGAAUUGAAACUAUGAAACUAUGAAUAGAAACUAUGAAACUAUGAAUUGAAACUAUGAAAAGAAACCACAGCUCCUGCCGCCGUUUAAACACAGUCAAAUCAAUGAAAGUCGAUUGCACAUGUACUCUUACAUUGAAGAUGCAAUAAACAGUUUGAAACUAUCGUUUUUUUUUGAAAUCUAUUAAGGGGUCUUAAAGAAUUUUUCAAUUAGUAUAAGAAGUUUCAUUUAAAUUUUUAUAUUUUCCUUUCUUGGCAUGAGUGUUUUUAUUUGAAAAAGAGUUGCGAAAAAUAUUUUUUACAAAUCUUCUAAAUAACGCCAACUGUAAAUAUUUUUUCAAUAGAAUUGUCAAUCCGAAUGAAUAUUAUUCUCGUGUUCAUGAAAUUUGAAUUUCAAAAAUAUCAGGUCUGGGAAGAUUCUUCUUUGGCUGAAUGGGACGAGAACGACUUCCGCGUGUUCUGUGGUGAUCUUGGAAACGAGGUUGCCAGAAAUUAUUCAAUUUGAUUGAAGAUUGAAUUUUUCAGGUUUCUGACGAACUUUUGGCAAAAGCUUUCCGCAAAUAUCCGAGCUUUCAGAAAGCUAAAGUUUGUGAUACAGUGGAGUUUGAUAUAAUGGCUUGAUUUCAGGUCGUUCGUGAUUCGAGAUCGAACAAAAGUAAAGGCUACGGGUUUGUCUCGUUCCGCGAAUCAGACGUACGCCUUUUUGGACUAUUUCAGAAUAUCUAAACUUGUAUUACAGGAUUAUGUAAGGGCAAUGCGCGAAAUGGACGGGAAGUACGUUGGAAACCGUCCCAUCAAACUUAGAAAGUCGAAUUGGAGAGAAAGGUCUCUUAUUUCAUAUUAUUUCAUUUAUAAUUUUUCUUCUUAAGAAACCUCGACACGAUCAAGAAGAAGCAGAAGCAGAAGAAGGACCUCGGCUUGUUCUGA